AUGAAAAAAAGAGGUGGUAAAGAAAAAAAAAAAGUAGGAAAUGUUUCAGAAUUUUUUUUUUUUUUUUUAAAAUUAUCCAGUUUUAGUUUUAGAUCAAUUUUAGAAGUGGAUAAAACUCAAUUAAAAAAAAAACAAUUCAAAUACGUCAUAAACAUCAAUCACGAACCAGACGAUAAAAUAAAAAAAGAUUUAGAAAAAAGUUUGGACAAAAAAGAUGUUUUAAUCAAAAGUAAUAAUACAAUUCAAAAUUCGAAACAAAAAAAAAAAAAAAAAAAAAAAAAAAAAAAAAAGGUAAACCAACCCCUCUUUUAG